AUGGCGGAAACUGCCAAAAUAUUACCCCAGCCGGGAAAGAAAAAUGUUCUGAUUACUAGCGCCUUGCCCUAUGUCAACAACGUCCCCCAUCUGGGGAACAUUGUAGGCAGUGUGCUUAGUGCCGAUGUUUUUUCAAAAUACAACAAGGCACGCGGCCGGCCUACGCUUUAUAUCUGCGGUACGGAUGAGUAUGGAACUGCGACUGAGACAAAGGCUCUGGAGGAAGGUGUGACGCCGCAAGAGCUGUGCUCAAAAUACCACGCCGUCCACGCCGAAGUGUACAAGUGGUUUGAGAUUGAGUUUGAUUAUUUUGGGCGAACGACGACCCAGCAACAAACCGACAUUGCUCAGGACAUCUUCUUGAAACUCCACAAGAACGGCUUUCUCACCGAAAAGACCACUACGCAGCCAUACUGCGAGAAGCAUUCGUCGUUCCUUGCUGAUCGCUUCGUUGAGGGAGAAUGCCCACGAUGCGGCUAUGAAGAUGCGCGUGGUGACCAAUGCGAUAAGUGCGGACAUCUUCUCGAUCCAUUCGAUCUGAUCAAGCCCCGUUGCAAGCUUGACGGUGCCACUCCCGUGCCCAGAGACACCAAGCAUAUCCACCUGCUCCUUGACAAGCUUCAGCCCACCGUGGAAGAAUGGUUCUCCAAGUCGAGCGAAAAGGGCGCUUGGUCUAGGAACGGGCGCAUGAUCACCGAGAGCUGGCUCAAGGAAGGCUUGAAGGAUAGAGGAAUCACCCGCGACCUGAAAUGGGGCACGCCCGUCCCACUUCCUGGUUAUGAGGAUAAGGUGCUUUACGUCUGGUUUGAUGCGUGCAUUGGCUACCCUUCGAUCACGGCAAACUAUACCAAAGACUGGGAAAAAUGGUGGCGCAACCCAGAAGAGGUUGAGCUGUACCAAUUCCUUGGAAAGGACAACGUGCCAUUCCAUACUGUCAUUUUCCCCGGCUCCCAGCUGGGUACCGGAGACAAAUGGACCAUGCUCCACCACCUUUCGACCACCGAAUACCUCAACUAUGAGAAUGGUAAAUUCUCAAAGUCUCGCGGAGUCGGCGUGUUUGGAAACAAUGCCAAAGACACCGGCAUUCCUCCAGACGUUUGGCGGUACUUCCUCCUCUCCAACCGGCCCGAGACGGGUGACACUCAAUUCGAGUGGAACAAGUUCAUCUCCGCCAACAACUCCGAGCUGCUGAACAACCUCGGCAAUUUCGUGAACCGUCUAGUCAAAUUUGUCGGAUCCAAGGUCUACAACGGCAUCCUCCCCGACUACACCAAGCUUUUCAACGACCCUAGCUUCGUCGAGGCCCGGGACGAAAUCAACUCCCUUUUGAAGACCUACGUUGAGGAGCUCGAGGCCGUCAAGCUGCGGUCUGGUCUGGAGACCGCCAUGCGCAUUUCCGACCGGGGCAACCGUUUCCUGCAGAGCAACCGUCUAGACAACAAGCUUGCCGCCGAGGAACCAGACCGUGCUGCCGCCGUUGUCGGUAUCGGCAUCAACCUCAUCUACCUCCUCGCUAGCAUCAUCGCUCCUUACAUGCCCGCUACUUCAAAAUCUAUCCUCGAGCAGCUCGAGGUCCCCUUCCUCCCGAUCCCUGACACCUGGACCGCCGACUACAUCAAGCCCGGCCACAAGAUUGGCAAGGCCAAGUACCUCUUCAGCAACAUCAAAGCCGAAAAGGAGCAAGAAUGGCGCGAGAUGUACGGCGGCACUCAGGCCGACCGCCUCAAGAAGGAGGAGGAAGCUGCCAAGGCCGCCGCCAAGAAGGCCGCGAAAAAGGCAAAGAAGGCCGAGAAGAAGGAUAAACCGGCACCAGAGAAGAAGACCGUCGAGGCUGCCGAAAAGGGCGGUGCCCAGGCUAUCGCCGACGACAAGGAAGCCGUUGACGCCGUGACAAAGGGCGUCGAGCAGGCCACUUUGCAAACAUCUUAG